AUGGAAAUUGCUGAAUUUCUGAGAGACCUCGCAUAUACAUUGUCCGAAAGACGCUCAAAACUUUGUUGGAACAGUUUCAUCGUCGCUGGCUCCUUAUCGGAACUGAUUUAUAGACUUUCGGAUGUCACACGUCUGCCGGAUAGCCCUUCUCCUUUGAUGGCUCCUAAGAUUGUGUUCGUUUUCAACGGACAAGGGGCACAGUAUGCCAGAAUGGGAGUGCAGCUUCUUGUAUACACUGUCUUUAAAGAAUCACUCAAUGAUGCUACAAAGUACAUGAAGAAGCUAGGAAGCCCAUGGAUGUUGCUAGAGGAACUUGUGCGCGGGGACAAUAUAUUGAUUGACAACUCCUCUAUGUCUCAGCCUGCGUGUGUUGCUAUACAGAUCGCGCUUGUCGAUCUCCUUGCUAGCUGGGAUAUCUUUCCGAGGAUUGUAAUUGGGCACAGCUCUGGAGAAAUAUCUGCAGCUUACUGCGCCGGAUACAUCACCCGCGAAGCAGCGUGGCAGAUAGCAUACUAUCGCGGCUAUGUUUCUUCCAGAACCACACGCAGCGGCUCGAUGCUUGUUGCUGGCCUUGAAGAAGAGCACCUAUCUCCCUAUAUUCAUCGAGUUCAGAAACAGUCUUCCGGUGAAUUGGUCAUUGCCUGCUAUAACAGCCGGAAGAACAAUACGCUUUCCGGAGAUCAGAAGCUGAUUGAUGAGAUGAAGCAACUCCUAGAUAGCUUAGGUGUUUUUGCUCGGAAGUUGCCUGUUCAGAACGCCUACCACUCUGAACUAAUGCAGGAAGUCGCCAACGAAUAUCUGCGUUUAAUUACCAAUCUUCCAAUAAACAAAAGUCACGGCGUGUCCAGCGAUAUCCAAAUGUUCUCGUCAGUUACUGGUGCGAUCAUCGGUCCAGAACAUCUCGAUGAAACUUACUGGGUCCGAAAUCUGACAUCACCCGUCCGGUUUACGAAUGCUCUGAAUUCUGUGCGCCAUGAGAUGAUCGGUAAGGGAACUUUCCUCAAUAUGAUAGUGAUAGAGGUAGGACCUCAUCCUGCUUUGAAACAUGGGAUCCGAGAUAUAUUGGGAGCUGAAGUCCGCCACAAGAGCCUCCUCGUGCGUCAUGGUAAUGAAAUAGAGACUAUACUUACUACAGUUGGUGAACUGAGCUGCGAAGGCGUUCCGGUGGACAUCUUAAGAGCUAAUGAACCUGAUACUCCCACAAUUCGCAAACGAGAAAUGAUUGUCAACACGCCUGCAUACCCAUUCACUCAUCGCGAGCGAAUGAUUCAUGAAGACCGGCUGAGCCGAAACGUCCGACUUUCCAGGUUCUCAAGACAUAGUUUAUUGGGAGCACCAGUGAUGGAUUGGAAUCCUUACUGCCCUAGGUGGCGGCAUUUUAUCAGUAUAUACGAGAAUCCAUGGCUCAAGGAUCACAUGAUCGAAGCCCGGUGUAUAUUUCCCGGGUCAGCAUAUGUUACAAUGGCCAUAGAAGCUUCAAAACAGAUCGUAUACCCAGACUCUAAGGUUUCUGGGUUUAGAUUAAGAGACGUAUCCUUCAAUUCCAUGCUGAUUAUCCCUGACACUAAAGAAGGCAUUGAGAUUAACCUAUGCCUCUCCCCUGUUCAUACAACCAACCCUGGGGGUUCUGGCGUAUGGCAACAAUUUCAAGUCACAUCGUAUGACUCAGAGCAUAAAGCGUGGCGUGAGAAUUGUAUUGGUCAAAUAAUGGUUGAGUAUGAAGAAUCAAACGAGCCAGUUGGCAAUGGACGUGAGGGCCGUGAGGCAACUCGGGCCUGGGAUCUGUUGCUUGAGCAGGCUGCCAAGACAUGCCAAACGCCAAUGGACGUCCUGAGGAUGUAUGAAACUCUCAAAUCAACGGGGUUAACCUUUGGACCCCAGUUCAGGCUACUUCAGGAUGUAUCUGUUAGUGGUAACAACCUUGGAGAAGCUUUCGGCACGGUGCAGGUUCCGGGUUUUGCUGCUCUCAUGCCCCAAGGCUACAUAAAGCCAUAUACUAUUCAUCCUAUUACAAUUGACUCGAGUAUAUGCUUGGGGUUUGCUAGUGUACUUGACCUUCAUGGCAAGCAAGCAUUGAGUCGUCUGAUGGUCGGAACAUCCCUCAAAGAGGUAUGGGUAUCUGCCAAGAAUAAUUCUAACAACACACCUCCAUUGCGCUCCCAUGCGCGAGUAAAUCACAAGCAUAAUGGGAAUUACGAAAUGGAUAUACAUGUUUGGGAUAAUGCUACUGAUAAAGGGCUAAUGUCAAUAACGGGUGCUGUAUCAGCACUCAGGAGCUGGGAUUCAGAAGUAAACAACAAUAGACAGAGCUCCUACACGCUUGAUUGGGAGCCUAUCAUGACUUUGUUGGAAAAAAGUCAGUCAAACGGCAGUUCCAUCACUAACGAACUAAGUCCUGCUGACCGGUUAACAAUGGUGGGGUCAGCUUCCAUUAGUACCGGUUGUCCAACAAGUGCAGGUUGUUCAAAAAUGGCUCUGGUUUACGCCCAUGAAAAAGUGCAGCCAAUGUAUCUUGGAAUGGAAUUGAAACAAGUCCUGAUACAGGACACAGAGGCCAGUGAUAUCCUGGAGUGUGGACUUUCUGACCUGGACGAUAUUGAUUUGUCAGGAAGAUUAUGUAUCUUUCUACUCGAGGUGAAGCACCCUGUCCUGUGCCAUCUAUCGAAAAGCAACUUCCUCAAACUACGUAAUGCUCUAAGCAGCUGCCAACGUUUGCUCUGGAUCACAGGCGACCCGGUUACAGAACCUCAAUUUAGCAUCAGCACGGGACUGAUCAGAACUAUUCGAUGGGAGAGAGAUAUGGAUAAUAUAUGCCUAGCGACCUUAGCCAUUAGGGACGAUGGUACAGCAGCAACUCGAAUUAUUCAAGCAAUCUCCUGUAUUGCAUCAAACCAACUUCUACCUUCUCUACACGCACCCCAGAAUGAGGAGUACUGUUUCCAAGAUAGCAUUGUAUAUGCAUUACGCCUCACAAAAUGCCUUGAAGCCGAUAAAUUUCUUCACUCGAGAUUCACAAAGGCCGCCCCGGAGAUGGUGACUUGGAAAGACAUACGUCAUUCGGUCGUCCUGCAUAACCCAACACUAGGCCCACUGCAUAAAUUGCAUUGGGAAAUAGACACAUCUCCACCUACCAUCGAGGUGUUUGAGGUUGAAAUACAAAUAGCAGCAGUAGGGCUGAACUUCAGGGACGUCCGCUCUGCAAUGCGGAUGAGUGAUGACAGCUUUGGCCAAGAAGGAGCAGGAGUAGUGACCAGGAUUGGCGCAGAAGUGGAGGAUCUAGAACCUGGCGAUCGUGUAUUAUUCAUGACUGGCCCGGGUAAGACUGCCUUCGGAAAUUACGUUCGAGUUGAUCAUAGGUUUAUUGCGGUGAUGCCAAGCGGGAUGUCGAUGGGUGUUGCAGCUGCGCUACCAACGGCUUUCAGUACUGCCAUCUACUCCUUAAAACAUGCAGGGUUAUUGAGGGCAGGCGAGAGGGUCCUCAUACAUGCAGCAGCAGGGGGUGUUGGCCAAGCUGCGAUCCAGUAUGCCAAGUCACUCGGCGCAGAGGUAUUCGCGACAGUUUCUAGCAAGGUCAAGAAGGAGCUUCUGAUGAAGGGUUACGGGAUUGCCGAAGAUCAUAUCUUCUCUAGCAGGGAGCUGAGCUUCGCCACAGGAGUCAUGAGGCUGACGAAGAAUCAAGGCGUUGAUAUGAUUUUGAAUUCCCGUCAUGGCGAAGUUCUUCGGCGAUCUUGGGAGUGUAUUGCGCCGUUUGGCCGGUUUGUCGAGAUCGGUAACAUAGACCUAAUUGCAGACAAGUUCAACAUGUCGCCGUUUCUUCGAAGUGCCAGCAUAACUGGGGUCGAGUUGACUGUCAUCAUGGAGUACAAACCAGAUGUUAUAAAGAACAUUUUAGAAGAGGUCGUUUCAUCAUGGAAUCAAGGAAAGAUACAUUCAUCUCAGCCACUGACCGUGCUAAGCUUUGCACAGCUUGAACACGGUUUCAAGCAAUUGCGAUCCGGACAGAACAUGGGCAAAAUCGUGUUUCAGCCCUCUGAUAAUGACAUCAUCCCAGUGGCUCCUAUGAUUGCACCUCCGUAUGCUCUUGAUGCAAAUGCUACAUACGUCUUGGCUGGUGGGCUGGGUGGUGUUGGUCGGAGCCUGGCUGAGUGGAUGGCUUCGCGAGGAGCAAGGCACAUUGUUUUCUUAUCCCGCUCAGGCCGGGUUAACAGGAAAGUCGAAGAGAUGACCUCGUUCAUAGCGCGACAUGGAUGCGAGUAUCGGAUCUUCAAAGCCGACAUCACUAAGAAGUCUCAGCUCACGUCUGUUUUCACUGAGUGCAGAGAAAAGUUGCCCCCAAUUAAAGGAUGCAUACAGUGUUCCAUGGUUGUUGAAGAUGUGAUCUUCGAAACGAUGACGUACGAGAAUUGGCAGGCAGCAACAGAACCAAAAAUUAUCGGAUCUCUCAACUUAUAUGAAGCACUUCCCAGACCACUAAGCUUCUUCAUCAUGAUAGCAUCUGUCUGUGGGAUUAUUGGUAACCGUGGCCAAGCUAACUAUGCCGCUGGGAACACGUUUCAGGAUGUUUUCGCCAGGCAUCUCGUUAAGAACGGACAACGGGCAGCUAGCAUAGAUCUUAGCUACGUUACCACAGUCGGUUAUUCCGUCGAACUCCCCGAGUCUCUUACACGGCACUUUAAAAGUUCCACUGAGCAGAUUGAGGAGGAAGAGAUUCAUGCUCUUGUGGAGUAUUGCAUUGAUCCUUGCAAUUCAUUGACAGAGACGACAUGCCAAUUAGCUUAUGGGCUAGUUCCAGAAGCAACAUUUCAUUAUCGGCGCGUACCAAUUCCUGCAUACAUGAAGUACCCUUUAUUUACUCAUCUUCGAGAUACCAGUGACCCCCAGGAGCACCAACAGACAGAGCAUGACAAGGAUUACAGUCCUUCGGCUUUACUUAGCGCCGCACAAAACAGAGAGAUCGCAGCAGCGUUCACGCUGGACGUCAUUCAAAAGCAAUUGGCCUACUUGAUAAACUAUUCGGAAGAUGAUAUCGACUCAGUGAAGUCCAUUAAGGGCAAUGAAGUAGAUUCAAUUAUCGCAAUGGAGCUCAGAAGCUGGUUGGUAAAAGAACUUGGAGCUGAUAUUACCACGACCGAUAUUAUGACCUGGGGAAGCUUGACUGAGUUGUCUGAGAGAGUGGUAAACUUGAGUAAAUUUGUCUGUGUUUCGAAGUAG